UAAUCACAAGCUUUUAAACAAAGAAGCAAAUGGCUGGUCCUAGGAUUGCCCAUGCUACCUUGAAGGGUCCAAGCGUUGUAAAGGAGAUAAUAAUUGGAAUAACACUCGGUAUAGCUGCUGGUAGUGUCUGGAAGAUGCAUCACUGGAAUGAACAGAGAAAAACCAGGACCUUUUACGAUUUACUGGAAAAGGGUGAGAUUAGUGUUAUCGCAGAGGAAGAGUAAAAAUGACAUCGAUAUGUGCCUAUGCUCUCCAUAUAUAGGCUCUUUUGUUUAUCGCUAUAUUCAAUUGGCUCUUUAAAUGCAAAUGAGCCGAGUUACUUAAACAUUUGAAAAUAAAUUCUUGCUAUAAUUGUUGACUAUGUUGGCUUGUAGAAAUUUCAUGAAUCAAUGUUUUAUUUCAUUUUGAUGUUAUUUUA